AAUAUGGCCAGGACCAAGCAGACCGCUCGUAAGUCUACUGGUGGCAAAGUCCCCCGUAAGCAGUUGGCUACUAAAGCUGCCGGAAAGAGCGCGCCUGCCACUGGGGGAGUGAAGAAGCCUCAUCGCUACCGACCCGGGACUGUGGCCCUGCGAGAGAUCCGCCGCUACCAGAAAUCAACUGAGCUGCUCAUUCGCAAGCUGCCCUUCCAGCGCCUGGUGCGUGAAAUCGCCCAAGAUUUCAAGACCGACUUGCGCUUCCAGAGCUCGGCCAGUAUGGCUCUACAGGAGGCGAGCGAAGCCUAUUUGGUGGGGCUCUUUGAAGACACUAACCUGUGUGCUAUUCAUGCCAAGAGAGUUACCAUCAUGCCCAAGGACAUCCAGUUAGCCCGGCGUAUCCGUGGUGAGAGGGCUUAAAGGCUGCCCUUCAGCU